ACAAUUCCGCCAUCAUCGCGGCCAUCGCCAACGCGCCGGAAGACGAGGAAGGUGAGGAAGAAGAGGAAGCAGAGGAAGAUGAAGAAGUGGCAGAGGAGGAGUCUGAACGGCCGACUGCCAAAGCGCCAGUCAAGACCAGAAAGAAGGGCUGGUGCUUUUGCUUUCGUUCGCGGGCACCGGUCGAUUCCGAUUCCGGGAGUGAGCAGGAGGAGACCUCCCCUCUUCUCAAGGCCGCUGCUCCUGAGCCGGCCGCUGCGAAGCCGCCGCCCCCCUCGGAGCGGACGGCCUCCACAGCCACCGGCAGUGCCUCGCAGGAAGUCACGGACACUUCACGAAGCAUUGGUGUUGAAAGCCCCAAGAAGGAGGAG